AUGGUACGCCUCCACGCGGAGAUGGAGGAAAAGGGCACGCAGGUCGUGCAGGAGUGGCGCCGGCUGCAGCAGGAGCGGCAGCAGCUUAUCGCGGAGAAGGACGCACUGCGCGACGACGAGGCGCAGCUGCGGCAAACGGGGCAGUGCCUCCAGAUGCUGAAGGGGCAGCUCGAAGCCACACGCUCUGAGGCGGCCACGGCGCAGGACCACACUCGCGCACUUCAGCACGAGCUUCGCGUCUCGCACGACGCUGUAGAGAAGUUGCGUGAGCCACACGCAGAGUCGAACUUACGCACGUCAGUGGCCGCACCGCCACAGCGCAGUGCAGUGCCAAGGGUUUCGCAAAACGCCAACCGUCUGCCCCUCCGCGUGCUCACUGAACUUCGUCAUAUGCUUGGCAAGGACAGGAAGCAGCAGGAGCAGCUACACGCCACUGUUGAAUCCACCAUGCGGCGCCCGCACGAUCCCAUGACGGGCAUUACCUACGCAUCGGCCACUACAGCACCGAACCUCAGCGCGUCGCUUCAUGACAGAUCUCUUGGCCGCAAAGAUCCGCGUCAGCAGAAGCAGCGGAAACCGCAGGAAAAUCGGUUCGUCGACCCAUGUGACGCCUCAAGAGACACCUCCGCCCACCUUUACGACUCCUCCAACAACAACUUUACAUGUCUCUUAGCAUUUUCUGACACGGAAUCACUGCACCAAUCACUCCAGAGUUCUGCAUAG